GCAGCACCUAUAGAAGGAAGCACGCCCUCACCCACCUGCCUUCCCUCUGUGUGUUUUGGGGCCGGCAGGGCAAAACCCCAGAUCCCUGAGGAUGUCUGUGCUGGAGCUUCCCCUGCUCCUCCGUGCUGGCAGGGCUUCUCCCCACAUGGAGGAGAAAUGGGCCUCGUAAGUACCCAGGAUCUAUUAAAAGCUGCUCUCGUCUGCCUCCACGAAGAACGCCGUUGGGAAUACAGCGACGCCUCUUGGAUAGUGACGGGAUGGAGGGAGGCACACGCGGCCAGGCACAGCAGGAGCGCACGGUGUUCGUCGCGGGCACUGCACAGCCCCACCGGGAGCAGUGUGGAGGUGGUUCCCCGUGAGGACACAGGGACACCCACUUCCAGGACUGCCUCCCCUUCUCUCCCCCUGCUCUUCCCUGCUGCCCGAUUGCCUGCCACAUUUCCAGGGAUCUGCAGGAGGAUCCGGGGCUGGGAGCCAGGAGGUUCCUCACUGCACAGGGCUGGAGAGCGCGACGGCGAUGGGGAUGCGGAGGAGGGACCCUGCGUGAGCCCUGGCUGCUGGCGACCGACUCGGGGCACAGCUCACUGGGGACAGGGCUGCAGGGGCUCCUCGGGGUGGGGACAGAGCCCACGGUGCCCAGGCUGGCUGCUGAUGUCCCCCUGUGCCCCACCAGCAGGACCACUCCCCUAGUGCCGGCGUGGAGGCUCGCUUGUCUCACCAUGGUGCUGCCGCCGCCCGACAAGCGCCACGUCUGCCUGACCACCAUCGUCAUCAUGACCAGCAUGGCCUUCAUGGACGCCUACCUGGUGGAGCAGAACCAGGGGCCCCGCAAGAUCGGCGUCUGCAUCAUCGUGCUGGUGGGGGACAUCUGCUUCCUCAUCGUGCUGCGCUACGUGGCCGUGUGGGUCGGGGCCGAGGUGAAGACGGCCAAGCGGGGCUACGCCAUGAUCCUGUGGUUCCUGUACAUCUUCGUGCUGGAGAUCAAGCUGUAUUUCAUCUUUCAGAACUACAAGGCGGACAAGAAGAACCUGGAGACAGUGGCCAGGAAGGCCCUGACCCUGCUCCUCUCCAUCUGCGUGCCGGGGCUCUACCUGGUGCUGGUGGCCUUGGACAGCAUGGAGUACAUACGGACCUUUCGGAAGAAGGAGGACUUGAGGGGGCGCCUCUUCUGGGUGGCCCUCGACCUGCUGGACAUCUUGGACAUCCAGGCCAAUCUGUGGGAGCCGCACAGAACUGGCCUGCCCAUCUGGGCGGAGGGGCUUAUGUUCUUCUACUGUUACAUCCUCCUCCUGAUCCUGCCCUGCGUGUCCCUCAGCGAGAUCAGCAUGCAAGGGGAGCACAUCGCCCCCCAGAAAAUGAUGCUCUACCCCGUCCUCAGCCUGGUCACCAUUAACAUCGUCACCAUUUUCAUCCGGGCCAUCAACAUGAUCCUGUUCCAGGACAGCAGGGUCUCCACCAUCUUUAUCGGCAAGAACAUCAUCGCCAUUGCCACGAAGGCGUGCACCUUCCUGGAGUACAAGCGGCAGGUGAAGGAGUUCCCGCAGAACGCCAUCGCCCUGGAGCUGCAGCAGAACUCCCUGUCCCACAACCAGACGGUGCACAGCACGCAGGUCAUCCCCCACGAGCCGUCCCCCGCCAGCGAGAUCCUGGACACAUGACGGGUGCCGCUGCCCAGCGUCGGUUCAGACAGCCCCCGAGGAGGGACGCUGCUGCUCUCCUGCUGCACGGGGUGAGCGCGAGGGACAAAUCCCAGCAGCGAGGGCUCUUGUGGGCACGGAACACCAACCGCGUUGUAAUUGAGCUAUGGAGGGUCCCCUAGACGUCUUCAUCUCAGGUAUAACCCUAGGAGUCCUCCAGAAAAACCAAAUGAACUUGCAAAGGACCUGAACCAGCCAAUCCUCUCCCUCCUGCCAAAUUUUCCCCUCCGAGCAAGGACCGCUGAGGGUGUGACAUCCCUUUCUACUCCUCCAGCACCUCACCCCGACUCCAAGCCUGGACCGAAGAUUUUAUUACCGGAGGCCUUUUUAUGGCGUGGGGACAGGGCCCUGGGUGCAGGGGCUGGGGGGAGGGCGGGCGUUUGAACCAGUAAAUCCCAUGAUUAUACGUGUCUCUUAUCUCGAAUGGUCGUGUUUACAGUUUCCUAUUUAUAAUCUCCCCGGCACCACUGUCCCCGCAGCGGGUGGCAGCGAGGACAGCCCUGUCCCGGCGCUGUCGGGAGCAAUACGUGCCAAGCCGGAGCCGACCUAAUACUGGUGUUUUAUGGAUUUCCUUCACUUCAGAUGACUCAGCACAAUAUUUCUAUUUUCGGGAGGGUCUCUCCGUCCCUCCCCCUGGUGUUGCCAUGUGCCCGCCCUGCAGCCCCCGUCUCGUGCCAGCGCCCGCAGGCACCGAGGAGGACGGCGACGAUGCCUUUCACUCCGGCAUCAAGCGUUUGUAAAGAGGGCUGCUUUCCACAGCUACUAUAUUUUUAAAAGAAAAUAUUUCAAAUAAUAAAAAAAAAAAUGCAAAAAAUGCCCGGGAAAGCGGUGCUGCCCUUCGCCACUGCUCGGGUGGCGGAGACCAGGGGAUGUCCCCAGCCUGGGUAUUUGGGGACAUCCCCCCUUCUCUGCCACCCGAGCCCUGGCAAGGGGCUUGGUCCCUGGGCAGAGGGGUGGGAAGCGAGGGCCAGCGGGACAAUAAAAGCCCAGUGAGAACAAUGGCUUCGUGUGGUCUCUUUUCUGCCAGCAUGGGGAGGGAGGGGGCAGCACGGGAGGCAGCUCACGUACAGCCCAAACCCCUUGUCCCCUCCUGUCCCCAGGUGCUGUGCCAGUCGCUCACGGAGCAGCAAAAAGCUUGCAAAAGCUGAAACAUUUGUCCAGCCAAAACACUGCCCCAAGGGCAGCUCUCAGCUUCCUUGGCUUGGGAAAAGGGAGACAAGCAGUCACACUGCAUCUCCAAUGCACCGAAACAGGAUAUUUUUGCUUUUUCUAAACCAAGCAUUUCAUUUGGAGAAGACCGGAAUAAAAUGCCUGCUGCUGUUUACAUUUUCAUUCUGCAUUUUCUCCUGGCUCUGCUUACUGGAUUUGACCUAGAUCCACAACUCAUUUUAGUCUCCAUCUUUUCAACCUGUCAUGAUCUGUCCAAAAUGUUUCACGCAGCCCUGCUCCAGCCUUCCAAAUUUAGGAGCGGCACAUCGCAGGGCUGUCAGGCUCCCCCCGGACACCCUGUCACCCAGGGGUGACAUUGCGGAGGCUCCUCUGCUGGGAAUAAAUCUGCUGAGAAAUAAAGCAGCGUCCCUGCCAACAACCGUGAGUUUGCAGGAGAUCUAGCUGGCUGGAAAAGUUACUCCCUCAGGAGGGAGAGAGCAGGUGAUUUAAAAGGUAUUAGCAGGAAUUAAUUAAAUCACUAAAUUAUUCUGCAAUACCUAUGGAAUUGCAUAUUGCAUCUCUACUGGUGCCAUUAAAAUACACAUGAUUAGCACCCGUGCAAUUAACUCCCAAGUAUCUAAUAACAUUCUGUUACUCUUUCAGGUAAUUAAUUUACGAGCCUUUAUGGUACAGCUCCUCCCCGGCGCCGAGCACAGGGGGGCCUGCAGGUGCUCGCAGUGCCCUGCAGGUGCCGGGCCCCUGGGAGGUGUCUGCGUGCCAAGUGCUUCGUCUUCCCCCGCCGUAACCUCUGAGCAGGCCUGGGAAUCCCCACGGGAUGUGGGCCUGGGUGGCAGUGCCCUGGCUAACCCUGGUGGCAUGGGCAGGGAAAUGAGGGAAGGUUCCCAAAUGGCCCCAGAACACGGCUCCGCAGGCACCGCAGCGAGCGGAGAGCCCGGCUGGCUGCGGAGAGGGCUGCUGGGCGGUGAGAGCUAAAUUACACCUAAAUAGGCUGGGGACAGACAAUUCUCAGCUCUCCGCUGUGCAGGUGUGCUGGCAAGUGGCUCCUCUGUGAAAGGAGGACGUGAAGUGAGGUACCCCCAGACCCGCAGGUCUCCCCAUAGCUCUGAGCUGCUGGGAAGCGCCGUGCUGUACUGUGGGGAGGGCUGGAAGCUGCCGGGAUGCAUUUCAUCGGGCAGGUCAUAAAGGCAGGCCAUUCCCUUUUAUUGCAAACUCCUGUCCCUGGCAGGGUGCUGCGUGCCUUCCCCACGCAGUGCCACACGUCCCAGUGCCACCCAGCGCAUCCCCACGUGCCAUCACCCCCACCCGCAUACAGGCAAGUAACUUAUUUCAUUUUAUUUUGUUAAAUCUGGGCUAAUUUGCCAAGCAGGAUGAACCCAGGCAUUCAUUUCUGCCCGCCCCAGACUCACCACACUUCCCCAGCUCCAGCCAGAGCUACAAGAGGAAGGGA